UAUGACCGCUACAACUGAAAUCACACUGAAGACUGAGCCGUCGAGCAAUGAGGAACUAUCAAGUUCGCCACAGCCAGUUGAGACACGAAAAGCAGCCGUUGGAUUUGAUACAGCAGAUCAGAAGCUCCGCGUGAUCUCCGCAGACGACAUAUUGGAGACAACAGAAAAAGGAGAACUAAUAGAUGUCGAUGGUCGUAUGCUGACCAUUCUCGAGUUUUGUGAUUCUAUUGAAUCAGCUCGUGCUUCGUGCGAAGAGCACGCCAAUGGGAUGAACGGAAUGGGUCUCUCGUCGAUCAAGUAUGAGCAUGAAGAUGAUGAGGACGCAGCACAGGAGACAUCAACUUCCGGAAUGGGCGAAAGAGAUGGUGAUAUUGACAUGGCCGAGUUGGAGGACGAAACAUUGAAUGAAGACGUUACUGAUAAUGGGAUCUCUGGCCUUGAUACUUCUGAAUUCACUGGUGUUGCCGCAUUAAGCGCCAUUGCAGAUUUACAACAACAAAUGGACGAACUGAAGAAUACAAUGCGAGAUGCGAUUGCCAUGUCGAUGACUGACCUCCAGAACGACGUUGAUCGUGUGAACCAAAAGCAGGAGACUCUUAGUCAAUUCUUCAAAAAGUUCAUUGGUACAAGCAACGAGGGAAGAGUUCAAGAUCCUUUCAGUCUGAAAGUCCCGUCGAGACCGUUUGAUGGAUCAGUCACGCGAGCUGGAAACAAUGCAUCCGAAACCGUGACAUCAUACUUCGAGCAGCUCACGAAAAUGUGGUCCAACAGGCAGACGGAAGCUGAACAAUUUGUGAGAGAUGAGCUUCUCAGCAAUAAGCAUCUUAUGGGUGCCAAAGCAAAGCCAAAGCCAACAACAAGCUCUUCGUCCUCUUCCAACAGACGACAAGUAGUUGACACAUCUGAUGGUGCUGAACAAGAAUACACAUUUGGAACAAAUGGAACUCAAGGAAAAAGAAUUGUCAAUGGAAUUGUGAAGACUGUUGAUAAGCUUUACUAUCCAUUUAUCACGCGUGAAGAAGAGGAGGAAUGUUUGGAAGCUGCAAACGGACAAGCUCCAAUCUACGCUCAAUCUCUUGCGAAAAUUCUUUUUGCUGAUACAAUUAUGAUGUACUUCAAAGAUCAAGACACUGCUAAGCGGAACUGGCUUCAUGAUGCUGUUGAUUAUCGUUUCCCAACCCUGGACAAACCGACUCAUGUCUCCAAAUGGAAGAAUUGUUCAUUUUUCAUCAACAAAAAUAUGCGAGAAGCAGUGAUUGCCAGUGGGACUGCAAUGCCACGAGCUCCCUGUGGACCACGUGGACCAAUCGGACCAAAAGAUAAAUUCAAGAAUGAGGCGAAGGGAAAUGAUGAUACUAUGACUGGAGAAUAUGAGGAGAAAGUUGUACCUGUCCGUACUCCAAAAGCUAGACCAUCCACUGCACGAGUCAAUCGUGAGUCAUCACUUGAAGGAAUCGAAUGGGAGUGGUUGGAUUCUGAUUAUGAGAAGGAAUGCUAUCAAGAAAGCCUCGGAAGUCAGUACAAAUAUGCAGAAUUGAUGGCUCUUCGUCUUUUCAGCACAUCUCUGACUAUCAAGUUCAAAGAACAAGACCAGACAAGAAAGGAUUGGCUUCGUGUUUGCGUUGAGGCUCGAUUCCCAAUCGAAGAUCGUGAACGCAAUGAUCAGAGAUGGAAGAUCUGCGGUCAGACUUGCAAUCGUAAUCGCACGAAAAUUGUGGGCGCCGAUGGACGUGAAGAGAAAUACCCGUACUUUGAUCAAUCAGUGGAGGAGGAAUGUUUCCAACAAUGUGAUGGACAGGUCGCUGUCUACGCUGAACUGAUGAAUGCGAAGUUAUUCCCACAUACACAACACCUAUUCUUCAAGGAUCAGGAUCUAGGAAAACGCAAUUGGCUUCACCAAAUUCUCGAUAAAAGAUUCGCAUCCACUGAUAAAAUUGCACAGACUCAAAAAUGGAAGACAUGUACCAAUGCGAUCAACAAGAAACUGUUUGAUGGAACCGUCACUCCUAUCACUAAAGAAGCUCUUCUGAGCAGCACGGAGCAUCUUAAUAACUCGAAAUCAUCCGUACCAACAGGCAUUUCGGAAGCAUCUAGUUCCACUACAACUCCACGUGCUUCUCUUGCUCGUUUCGAACGUCGUAUGACAUCAGAAGCCCCUUCUACCAUCGGAAGUUUGAAGCGUAAAGCAACUGAAGAAUCUGAGAGCUCAUCCACACCUGCUGCUAAGAGAGAAAGUAUUCGAAACAAGCAGAAGAAGGAGAAGGAACAGUACUCUGCAUAUCCAUAUGUCUCUGAAGAAGAAGAAGUCGCCAUAUUUGAGAAUUCUAAUGGAAAUCCGCAAGUUUAUGGUAGAGAGCUGGGAAGACUUUUGUUCGCUGAAACCAUAAAAAAUUACUUCAAGGAUCAAGAUGCCGACAAACGUCAGUGGAUCCACGAGAUACUGGACUUCAGAUUCCCAUCAAAAGGUCCACUCGAAGGAAAGCAAAAAUGGAAGAAUGUAACGGCUGCUAUCAAUAGAAACAUGACGGCGGCUGUAGUGUCACGGCGUUCUCUUCCCCGUUAGAUGUGAUUUUUUCCGUGAUUUUAAAUUUUGGAUUACGGUUUCUUGUGCCCUAGCUCCCACUUUCUGUGAACUUUUAUCUCAAUAGGUCUCACACUUGUUAAUGCUUUAUGUACCCAUAUUUAUUGCUGAUGGCUCCGAAUAUUGGCAUAUUUUUUAGAUCGUCUCUUAUAUACAUAAUUCCUUGAGACCAUUGGUCUCGUAUCUUUCGUUAUAUUAAUUAAUCGCUUUCUUUUAUUUCAUGAGAUAUUUCAAAGAUUCAAUAAAUAUGAGUCAUUCUA